AUGGCACUCCUCACAAUUAAUAAAGGAUCAAAUUUCUAAAGUAGAGUAGGAGGAUUAAUAUCAGUUGUUUUAGGCAGCUUAAGUCUUGCAAAUGCUUUAUGUAUAUUAGUUUUGUGGACUAAAAAUAAUAUGCCAUCUAAUAUUAACACUAAAAAAUAAACAACGGGAUAUGUUGAAUUUAAAUGGUCUGAAUCCUCAAUUUUCUUAUUGUUAUAGGAUUUUACUUCAUUUGCUGAUCCUUUUUGA